CCUGAGUUGCUUCUCUACCUAAAAGUCACAUUUGUGAAGAUGUAGCUACCACCGUGGGCUGGUCAACUGCAGGAUGGGGCAUCUCGGGGCUGCUUUCGGAAAGACUAUGGUGCUCAAAGAGAGUCACUCAGAGGGCAGCAGAGUGAUCGCCAACAACACUGAGAGCAUCCCAAUGUCCUACGAUCAUGUGAAACUUACGUUCAGUGACAUGAAGAACGUGCCAGAGGCCUCCAAAGGGACCAAGAAAGGCACCGUCUACCUUACCCCUUUCAUCUUUCUGUCCAGGGCGAAGGAUGCCAUGCAGUCCUUCGUAAUGUCAUUUUAUCUCUUGAAGGCCUGUGAGAUCAAGCAGCCUGUGUUUGACACAAACUGCAUCAAGGGAACAGUGAACGCCGAAGCAGGCGGUGGCUGGGAAGGCUCUGCUUCCGGCAAGUCCGCCUUCACGGCAGGGGGCGCCACUGAAUCUGGACAGCAGGUGCUCCAGGUGACAUCUCAAGCGUCCAGGGGUGAAGCCCUCAGUGGAGCCUACGGCCACUCUCACAUGCCUGGCAGGACUUGUGUCUUUCCCCCGCCAGUCACUAGUGGAAUGUAUCCCUGCCCUCCUGGCUGCCCUUCUCCACCACCUUCCCCUGAGUUCUAUCCAGGACCUCCCAAGAUGGACAGGGCCAUGGGGUAUGUGCAGCCCCCGCCACCGCCCUAUCCUGGGCCCAUGGAACCUCCGGUCAGCGCAGAUGUUCCCUGCACUCCUGCAGCCGAAGCCAGGGCCACAAAAGCAGCUGCCAGCACCUAUUAUAACCCAGGCAAACCACACCACGUCUCCAUGCCCACGAAGCAUCCUCCGCCAUCUUACCCGAGGGAAGAUAAGAAGACCCAGUAGACGCCUCCUACCUCCAGCCUCCUGCCUACCUCCCAGUCCUUGUUUCCUACCCCUUCCCUCAGGGCUGCGGCUGGGGCUGGGGGAGGUGAGAGAGGGCCUCGUUCUUCCUCUAGGUCUGAUCAUAAACAGUUACCAGGAACGAGCGCUGGGGGACAGUUGGGUCCCUGGCCUCGGGAGAGGCCCUGCUCCGCUUCCCAGCCGCAUGCCUCCCUCACAUCUCUGGGGCUCUCAGGAGCACAGGGCGUUACCCCCGCCCCCCACCCUCCCGGUCCCAUUUCACUCUCGUAGCUUCUCCCUACACAGGGACUCUCUGGCCACCUCAUCCACUGCAGUCCAGCUCUCUUGGUCUGGCAGCCACUCUACACUCAGCCUCAUGAGCUGCCUCAGACCAGCCAGGUGUCUUCCCAGAGACCCCCGCCAGGCCUGGUUCACAUUCCCUCCUCUGGUCUGUGCCUGGCCUGGGAAGGCCACCAUGUGCGGACGGUCAGCCCAGAUUCCACUCAGCCAGGUUCUGGCCCCAGCCACUGUCACCCUCCCCUUCCCUGUCCUGGGUCAUGGUGUUGCCAACUCCGUGUGACUUUUGAGGCUGUAAAAUGAGCUUCUAGGACUUGAGUGGCAUCAGGACAAGCCCACUGAGGCUGGGGAGGAAGCCUCCCUGCUUUCUGCUAGUGUUUCUGGAAUUUGCUUUCCGUCUCCUCUCUCUUCCCUCUAGAAGGGGCUUCUCUACUGGAACUAGAGAAUGCAUAUCUGUGCCGUUGUGCCACCUGGGUGGGCCAGGAAUGAGGGCCCCUGACCCUGCAUGCUGGCUGGAGCCCCUUAGCCUGCCUCUUUCCUAUAAGCCUCAUGCCUCCGGAUACACUGACAUUUGCUCUAGUUCAUUCCUGCACUGGCCAUGAAGUGAGGAGAUGGUUAUUUAAAGAUAAUUCCCUAUUUAUUUGACAAAAAAUCCAGUUAAUAUAUUAAUGUGAAAUAAAUCCUGUUUGUACCUUGAUUUGUUGGCCGAAAAUGUGAAAUAGUAAAGAUGAAGUAACAGGAAAAAAAAGUAGGAUGGUCCAACUCCUCUCUGCCUGAGAAUCAUUGGAUGAUCUUCUCCGUGUCUUUGACUUUUUAUCUGUAAAAGAGAUUAUACUCAGGUCCUCUGUUCCAUAUGUGGGAUGACAAUAGGGGCAAUAUUUAAUCUGGACCAUAAAUCUUUAAAAUCAUUUAAUUUUCAGCUCUUCUGCCAUGUAAUGCCACUACUACUUUAUAUAUUUAGGCUACUUGAUACUUUUGAAGUAAUUCAAUAUGACUCUUUCAAGAGCAAGAAAAUGUAUCAGAUAGCUUUUUGAGGCCAUUUAGGGAUGGAGGCAAGCCAUGAGUUCAAGAUUCAAGGGAAUAUGAAGAGGCAAACAAAUAACACUUUCUUCCCCGCUGGAGUUACUAAACAGUGCGAGAAAUAAAAUAAAAAGUAUGACAGACAAGAGACCACAGUAUCACCUUCUUAUCCUGAUACUGGAGAAUGUGGCUUAUAUCUGCAGGCAAGUCGGUUUCAUAAUAUAGAGCCUCAGAAUGAGACAGACUUUAUGGGUGGGUCACAUUAGCUGGAUCACCACCGGCCCCCACCCAGGGGAGCCUGCCCCAGAGAACUUGGGGUGUGGAGAAGCAGGGCAAAAUGUUUGCUUCCUAUGGACUGCUAAUUCUCAAGAGCAGGAAGAGAGAAAAUGGCUGGGAAAUAUGCUCAGUUUCUUCUCUCCAGCUCAUUCCCAGGUAACUGAUUCCUCCUCCUCCCGGGGGAAGACUGAAAGACAAUAUGGAACGAGGCCAGGAGUGUUGUGUUCUCUCCAAAUGGAAGGAAACCUCUGGAAUGGGAAAGAAGCAUUCCCUCCUAACAUGGUGUGUUCCUAGAAGGUUUCCUGGGAAUUGGAUGCUGAGAUGAAAAGCAUAUGAGUAGCUUUCUUCCAACAUUCUUCUUGGUGAUUAACCAACUAUCCAAGUACAAAGUUGCUCCUAAUUAACCCUGAGGACCCCAAUAUAAAGUUGCAAAUGAAAGAAGUCCUGCUACUCUAAGGAAUAACUAAACCAGACUGGAGUCACUGAAACUGAUGGAAGAACACCUCAGGCAUGAGUGCCAUGGUGACGUCAUCAGCUCCGUUCACAACCACUCACCAUGAGGCCAUUGCUCCUGUGGAGGACACUGGCUUAGGACUCAUGAAGUAGUACCUCAGGAAGGGGGGCUCUGUAAGUGUUCCUUCCACCAGCUCCAAGACACAAUGAGAUGGAGAGAACUGGAACAAUUCCCUAUGAUUGCAGCUGGAUAUUUUCACACGAACUAUCUAGUAAUGAAGGCAAUGGCAUGUGGUGUGGCAAAGACUGGCCCCAGAUUACAUGUCCAGUCCUUUUGUACCGAGGAGGGGCUUUGGGACCAAGACAGUAGGAGUGAGGGUACAGGUUCCACAUUCUAUUUCUCUCUUAGUUUUCUGUGGUUAUCUUGGUGACUGCAUGGUAAAGAUGGAGGUGACAAAAGAUGGAAGGAGCCUGGAUCCCUGAAUGACUUCAUGGUGCAGAGCCUUACACUACCCCCAACUCAUACUAAAACAGCGGUGGGAGGAACAAUAGACCAUUAUUCUGUUAAGGUGCUGAAAUUGUAGAGCUGUUAAUUUGAACCGUUAAGAGUUUCUUAUACUGAUACAGUAUCCUUACCCUGGAUUGUUGAAAUAAUUAGUCCAAAUAGUUUCUUUGCCUAAAACUGUGGACAGAGCCUAAGCAAUAUUGAAUCCAAGACAAGGUAUAUUUAUCAAAUGCUACUCACUAUACAAUACAGAUGAAUGUGGCACUUACUUCCUGUGUUGUUACCCAGCCUGCUUCUAGUAUUCUUUACACAAAAUAACAUUCAUGAGCAACCUGGGCACAAGAGGUCUCUGUCAAAAUAAGUCUUUGAUUUCUCUCCAGAUAAACUCGUGUGUGUGUGUGUGUGUGUGUGUGUGUGUGUGUGUGUGUGUGUGUGUGCGCAUGCGCAUUUUAUAUUUGGUUUUAGUUACAAUUCAAGGAGUCUUUCCUUUUAGACAAUGGUCCAUACAUUCAUGGAAGGCAGAACUAAUCAGAGAACCUGGUUCAAAAGUUUUAGGGGGUUCUUUGAGAAAUGUUUCCCAGAAUUUAAACUUGGGACUUGACUAUAAGUAUUAGUGUACAAAAUCACAGAGGAUAUCAAAGCAAGAUUCUUCCUGUUCUCCCAGAAAAAAAAAAUAUAUUCUUGGAAAAUUAUUUUCCUAGACUGUCAAGCUCAGAGAUGGACAGUUGGCCAAUGAAGCCCUCAUCUACAGCAAGAAUGAAGAAUCUGAGCCUCAGCAGUGAAAACACUGCCUACUACUUCACUACCACCCUUUGGACUAAAACCAGAACAAACUUGCAUUUAAACCAUUAAAAAUGCCACACACAUUAAAUUCUGUGCCUGGGCCAGGCAGCAGCCAAGGCAGAUGGUGUGUAGUGUUGGAAAACUUGGUAUUAUUUAAAUGAAACAAGCAUUCCAUUGCUCUCGAUCACACUGAACAAUGAAGAUUUCACACCCAGCGAUUCUAUCAGUGGAGCUCUCUCUGUCUCCAUUUGCAGCAUUGGACAGAUAAAUAAAUAUUCUUUAGAUCAAGUUA